AUGUUCAUUCAAAAGCUCUCUUCAGCCGCAUCCUCGGACAGUGAUGUAUCCUUGGUGAAGAGAAUAAUUUAUUAUUCGAAUGGUUAUACCAAUCCAUGGUAUCGUCAUAGAUGGUAUUUAUUAUUCAUAUUAUUAGUACCUCUUGCAUUUAUAAUUAUAUUUGCACUUAGAAGAAGAAGAUUUAGACAAAGACCAGUCGUUACUCAGCAACCAUUUCCAAAUCAACAGCCGUCAGGAGGUUAUCCACAAACCACUCAAACUGGCUCGGCUUAUUAUUCUCAACAGGGACAAGGUUAUGGAAAUACUGGAUCAAGUUAUGGUGCUUAUGUACCACCACCACAACCGGAACAAAGUUAUGGUGGAGGCUCCUAUGAACAAGCAGGAUAUGGUCCAUCAAGGGUUGCUAAUGAUGAAGCUCAAGAAGUUACAGGCAGCUAUUCAAGACCAGAAGGACCUCCUCCUGGUUACAAGUCUUAG